UCGCGCUUUAAAAGCUCUGUAAGACUGAGGGUGCCGGUACAGAGGAUGAGAGAAAAACAGUUUGUAUUUCCUUUUAAAAGCAGCUGGAUACACACCGUGUUAUCUACUGAUUAUUUAUUCCGGUUGAAAGGUUUCUCAUAGCCACAGUGAAAAUGGACACUUCCUGCAGUUCAAAGCUGACUAAAUCUGUGAAGCAGCAGUACAUGGACCUGCCACAAGGAGACAAAGUGCAGGCUAUGUACAUCUGGAUUGAUGGAUCUGGAGAGGGCCUCCGCUGCAAGACCAGGACUCUGGACUCAGAACCCAAGACCAUUGAAGAACUUCCAGAGUGGAAUUUUGAUGGCUCCAGCACAAGCCAGGCUGAAGGCUCAAACAGUGACAUGUACCUCAUACCAAAAGCCAUGUUUAGAGACCCAUUCCGGAAGGACCCCAACAAGCUGGUUCUUUGUGAGGUCCUCAAGUACAACCGGAAAACUGCAGAAACUAACCAUCGUCAAAUGUGUGAAAAGAUCAUGGGCAUGGUGGAGAACCAGCAUCCAUGGUUUGGAAUGGAGCAGGAGUACACACUACUUGCCAUAGAUGGUCAUCCUUUUGGCUGGCCCUCAAACGGCUUCCCUGGACCCCAAGGUCCCUAUUACUGUGGUGUGGGAGCAGAUAAAGCUUAUGGCAGAGACAUUGUCGAGGCCCAUUACAGAGCGUGUCUUUAUGCUGGAGUUAUGAUUUGUGGCAGUAAUGCAGAAGUCAUGCCUGCACAGUGGGAAUUUCAAGUGGGACCUUGUGAGGGCAUCACCAUGGGUGACCAUCUGUGGAUAGCACGUUUCAUCCUGCACAGGGUGUGUGAAGACUUUGGUGUUGUUGCCUCCUUUGACCCCAAACCCAUUCCAGGCAACUGGAAUGGUGCUGGUUGCCAUACCAACUUCAGCACCAAGAACAUGAGAGAGGAGGGAGGCCUCAGGUAUAUUGAGGAAGCUAUUGAGCGGCUGAGCAAGAGGCAUCACUAUCACAUUCGCGCCUAUGACCCAAAAGGGGGGCUUGACAAUGCCAGACGUCUUACUGGCCACCAUGAGACCUCAAACAUCAACGAGUUCUCAGCUGGUGUGGCUAACCGUGGGGCCAGUAUCAGAAUCCCACGAGCUGUGGGCCAGGACAAGCGAGGUUAUUUUGAGGAUCGCCGUCCCUCAGCUAACUGCGACCCAUAUGCUGUGACAGAGGCUCUCAUUCGCACAUGUCUACUUAAUGAGGAAGGGAAAGAACCAAAAGAGUACAAAUGAACUGGAAAAAAAAAUCCCAUGUGCCUUUUUUAAAUAAGUGGUUUGAGGGAUAGAAAUGUCAUAUCUUUUAAUACUGUGGUUUUACUGGAAUCUUUUAUGAAUUUAAAAGUCAAUCUGAUGAGUCUAGAUGGAAAUCGUCAAGAAAGUCAUAAGCUGUUUUUUGUUUUAAUCUUUAGUUCACUACGUGAACUAAUGUCACUGCCAAUACUUUUGAUGGGCUUUAUUUUGGAUGCUGGUUGUCCUAGUGAGUAUGGAAGAAUGAGGGUAGAAUAUUUCUAUUCCACUAAAAUGUAGAUUUUCUGUUACAUUUUAAUCUUGGGUUGGGAAUGUGACAGCCCCACCUCUGAAACAAACACAAUGCAUAUGUGGAAGUUGAUUGCAGAUGGUAAAACAUUUUCUAUUACAAUUGCAUUAAAAUUUAGUAUUUUCUGAUAAA